AUGGGUAAAUGUGGCCCGUCGCAUUGCGCUUGGCCCGCGCUGGCAGCGUUGAUACUCGGCCUGGGAAUAGGAAACAUCUCGGCUGCGUCGGUUUACAUCGCUGCAGAGCAGUGUCUUGCUCCAGCACCCUCUGCUACUGUGCCGGACUAUGUCAUGAAAUAUGCUCCGUUGAUAUGGAUACACUCGCAAGAUCCAUACCAGCCGUCUGAUAUCGGAGCACAGCUGAAGAACUCGAUUCCCAUGAUAAAUCAUGUUGCCAUUCCCAAUGUUCCGACAGACAUUACACUCAACAAUCUUGACCAGCUCAACAAGCUGGGCGGGAACAAGGUGUGUCUCACGUCGAAAGAGGGCAUCCAGGCUCUGCCAGCCUGGUUCAGAGGCGUCAAGCCGAACAAGGACGGCAAAACCGAGGGAGCGGUUUCGUCUGCAAUCGUUGUUCGGGAACACGGAGACGAAGGCAAGACCGUUGAUGCAUUUUAUUUCUACUUUUAUGCGUACAACCAGGGCAACACGGUGCUGGGCAUCGAGUUCGGCGAUCAUGUUGGUGACUGCCAGCACGCUGCUGGCCAGGCAUUCCAGUACAGCGCAACGGACAAGCGCGGAGUGAGGCCAAUUGGCUUCAGCGGUAACGGUACCCACGCCGUCUACGCCACUGCCGGCCUUCUUGUCCAGCAGAAAACCAUGUGUGCUAACCUUGGUAGAACCCAUGACCACACAAUUCCUGGGUUAGACCUACCCGCCGGGUUCCUCGAGGACGAGACGGACGAAGGCACGCUAUGGGAUCCCACCCUGAGUGCAUAUGUCUACUCCUACUCCUCGACAACCGGCCUGUUCACUCCCUAUGAUCCCAGCACGCCUACCAACUGGCUAUACUACCAGGGCCACUGGGGCGACGAGCAGCUGCCGGACGAUGCUCCUGGCCAGAUCGAGCUGUUUGGCCAGCGCAAAUACUCGACGGGACCCGAUGGCCCAAUGUUCAAGGAGCUCGUGAGGGAGAAGGUAUGUCCGAGCGGCGUGAAGCUGUGCCUCGUCCUGCCGUGGGUGACUGCUGUAAAGGAAGAGAAGAGGAAGCAGAUGCUGGCCGAUCUUGUCAAAGAGGAGCUCGAGCGCGAGAGCAAGAAGCACUCCAAGCCUCUCGAAUGA